AUGGUAUUUACUGAUGCUUCUGGUAGUAUUGGUUUAGGUGGAGUUCUCAUGCCAAAUGGCAAGGUUGUUGCCUAUCUUUCACGCCAAUAUAAGACACAUGAGAAGAACUACCCCACACAUGACUUGGAACUUGCAGCAAAUCGAAUCCAAAACGGUGAGCAAUUAGAUGGAUGGACAGUAAAUGCUGAAGAAUUCGUAUACCAUAAGGGAAGAAUAGUCGUUGCAAAUAUCCCUGAUCUUAGAGAGUCUGUUAUGAUUGAGGCCCAUAGGUCUAAGGUUAAAUCUGAGCACCAGAGACCUUCAAGGUUGCUUCAACCUGUACCUAUACCAGAAUGGAAGAAGGAUUGUAAGGUUUCUGAACUAGCUCGACUUUAUGUGGGUAAUAUACUUCGACUGCAUGGGCUGCUUUCCAGCAUUGUUUCUGAGAGAGAUCCUCAAUUUAUAUCAAGGUUUUUGAGAGCAUUGCAUGAAGCUUUAGGAACUGAAUUUAACUUGAGCACCGCUCACCACCCUCAGAAAGAUGGACAAUUUGAGAGGGCUAUCCGAACUAUGGAGGACAUGCUUUGUUCUUUUGAGUUUGAGGUUGGUGACUAUGUCUUCUUGAAAGUUGCUCCCAUGCUUGGUGUGACGAGAUUUGGAGUGAAGGGUAAGCUAGUCCUGAGGUAUAUUGGACCUUUCGAGGUUAUCGAGAGGGAUGGGGAGGUCGCUUAUCGAUUAAACUUACCAGCGCGGUUGGGGCAUGUUCAAAUUGUGUUCCAUUUGUCGAUGCUGAGGAAGUAUACUCCAGACCCAUCGCACAUCAUUGAGUAUGAGGCUAUCCCUCUUUAA